AACAAAAUACAUGGGAUUGCAAUGAAAACUGACGUCAACACCAACCGUGUAAUCUUCUCCAAUAUAAUGCUUCUCUAGCUUCAAUACACGGCUGACAAAAAUACUGUAUGUAAUAUCAAGAAAAUUUCAAAAUUUUAAAAAGUUGAAUUUUUUGGAAGCAUAUUGUAAAUUUGGAUAUGGAGGGACCAGAUGAUUGGAGAAUUCAGGGGAAUAACCAUUUUAAAGCGGGAAAUUACUUAGCAGCUCUUGAAAGCUAUACGAAAGCAAUCAAUCUUAAUCCAAAGGAUUGUACAUUGUACAGCAAUAGAUCAUUGGUUCAUUUGAAGAUGAAAAAUUAUUAUUAUUCAAAUAAAGAUGCAGAUAUGGCGAUUGAACUGAAUAAGACUUGGCCUAAAGCUCAUUACAGAAAAGCUGAAGUGUUAACAGAAAUUGGGCAGUAUGAAGCCGCAUUAUUGAGUUAUGGAAGAGCACUUGCUUUAAAACCAGAUGACUACACCUUAUUAGCUGCUGCGCAAAAAGCAGCGAAAUUUAGUGGUGAGCAAAUGCAAUACGAAAAGCGUAUCCCGUGGGUUGGUGCUGGAAUAGGGAUAAUUAUUGGUGUCUUAAUUUCACUUUUCGAUCAUUUAUUUACAAAAGAGCCAGCAGUUAAACAUCCGGCCUUAAUGGUACUUUCAGUUAUGAUAAUUUCGAUUAUUGGUUAUAUUUUGGCUAAAACUUAUUUAUACUAUCAAAGAGUACGUAAAAAAUACUUUAUGGAACCUAACGAAAUUUCGGAAGACGAGAUGAAAGACGAAAAAGACGUAGAAUUCGAAGGACAUAGUAAUAGAAGUCGAUAUACAAAAGCUCAGGCGAGAUUAAGAUAUAAAAAAGGAAAAUUUUAAUUAAAUGAUCCAUCUCUUAAACAUUUUUUUUUGCAAAAUUUUGUAUUAAAAAAGUUGGAAACAAAAUUAA